AUGCCUCCGAAGAACGGAGCUGAACAAGCGGAUGCUAGCGGCUCAGUGUCAAAAUCGCAGCGGCCGAAAAUAAUUAAACCUUCGGAUGAAAAUGAAAGAAAGAGUUCAGCUAAGAAGCUUAAAGAUUCAGAAAUUUGUAUCCCCAUCGUGUAUGGCAACAUUGCAUUUUGGCUUGGCAAGAAGGCGAGCGAGUACCAGUCGCACAAAUGGACGGUUUAUGUACGUGGAGCAACGAACGAGGACCUGGGAGUAGCUGUAAAGCGAGCUGUUUUCCAGCUGCAUUCGAGCUUCAAUAACCCCACAAGGGUCGUUGAUAACCCACCCUUUGAGGUAUCGGAGUCUGGGUGGGGCGAGUUCGAAAUAGCCAUUACCCUUCAUUUUCACAGUGAUAUUACAGAUAAACCAUUGCACUUGUUCCACCACUUGAAGUUAUAUCCCGAGGAGGAUUCAGGCCCGCUGUCUACCAAGAAACCAGUUGUUGUGGAGUCUUAUGAUGAGAUUGUUCUCUCGGAACCUUCUGAGGCUUUCUUUGCCCGUGUUCAAAAUCAUCCUGCGGUUAUUGUGCCUAGAUUGCCCUUGGGCUUCACUCUGCCUCCUGCUGAGGAUCUUGAGAGCAAGAACAAAGGUGACACUAAAGAUCAUCCCCUCAACCAGUGGUUUACUAAUUUCUCUGAAGCAGAUGAGCUAUUGAAACUUGCUGCUGCUCGGCAACAGGUCAAUUUUACGUACUCAUUUUGGUAUUUCUAA